UUGACAACUCAUGGAGAUUACAGAGAAUCUAUGCAUUGCUCAAGAGAUACAUUUCUUAAAAACAAUGAUCAGUGAGUAACCUGAUAUGUCUUCAAGCGGCAAUUCAACAAUGGAUCGGGAAUAUCCAUACCAGUUGAACAAUUCACACUACAUCCUCAUAGGUGUCAUAACAGCCACUCUCCUCGCCAUCAUCGUACUGGGAGGCCUCUGGUUGAAAAAGUAUCUGGCCUUAAAGAGGACCAUCCGUGAGUUGCGAGGGGGCCAUCCUCCGAUAACUCUCCCCCGAGCGGCAGACUCUCCUCCCCAGCCUGCCCCGGCACCACAGCCCCUUAUUGUCCCGGGUGACGAGCCAGAUGACCCAGAGGCUCCACUGCAGCGGGGUAAAACACUGAGACACUCCAGGCUCCCUUGGAAACCCCCACCUCAGGCUCCCAAUGUGACCAGGAUGGACCUGAGCCUGCAGCAGCUCAUUAAAGCUGGCAAGGAGGGCGUCUUCUACAAGGCCAGGAUGACACGCGGCACCUGCAAAGGACACUGCAUGAUCACCUGCAAAAUCUCCAAGGAAGGUGUGAAUCCAAAGCAGGUGGAGACGGAGGCGGCCAUCAUGAGGAAGGUGCUGUACCACAAGAACAUCUUACAGCUGCUGGACUGGAACAGUGUGGAGGAGCCCUUCAUACUGAUCAUGGAGUAUGUGAGUUACGGGACGCUGCGUAACUUCCUCCAGACGCAGAGAGACAAGCUGCUGACGGACCCUGAGCUGCAGAGCCUCUUCACCAUCGCCUCCUACCACAUCGCCCUCGCCAUGGAGCACAUACGCUCCAAAAUGAUUGUGCACUGCGACCUGGCCUUGCGGAACAUCAUGGUGAGCCGCUUCCCUUGGGAGGUGAAGGUGGCCGAGUUUGGGCUGGCCAGGGACCUCACACGCAUGAGGAGCCGACGCAGCACACACAAGAAACAGAGGAAGGAGCGUGUGCCUUUGCGCUGGUACCCACCGGAGUACUUCAGGAAUAACUACUACAGCUUCAAAGGAGACGUCUGGGCCUUUGGCAUUGUGCUUUGGGAGAUGCAAACAUUUGGAACGUUGCCGUACCCCAACCUGGAGGCGUCUGAGGAGGUGGUGUACCACAUCUGUGCUGGACACAGAAACACAGCGCCAGACAGCUGCAGGCCAGAGAUGCAGCAGAUCAUGAAGGACUGUUGGCAGGAGCCAUACACAUCUAGGCCGUCCUUCACGGACCUUGUUAGAAUCCUCGAAAAUGUGCUGGAAAACGAUUCGGACUAUGUGGAUGUUGCUUCACCUAUGGAGGCCUGACUGCUGCUGUGUUUGCCUGACAAUGUGUGGGCCUCAUGUACCAGGGCAGAUGGGUUUUGUUGUGUUUAUAUUGGACUGUUUGGGGCUCAUUGUUCGGAGUUGCUGACAUACACUGAUGUCAUGUUGCACACUUGUUGUAUCUGAAAAAGAAAAAAGUUGCUGGUUUGAAAUGUAAGCGCAUGUUGCCAUCAGUUGCCACAUCAUCACCCAAUCUUACCUAAUCCCCUGUGUGAAGGUUAUCACUCCUUUAUCUGCCUCUAAGCAGGUUGAGUGGGUGCACUCUCUGUGUGUACUAUGAACUUUUGGAUGGUAGGCCUAGCUGUUUCCAGGCUGAGCCUGAACUGUAGGCUACUGCUUCAAUAAAUUUAUAAAUUA